AUGGUAGAUCCACUGGCAAAUAUAGCUUUAAGGCCAGAAGAUAUCACUUUUGCUGGAAUCUCGAAAGUUGAGGUUCAAACGAGAUCUUCAAUCUGUGACAACAUUGAAAGCUGGCAGGUUUUCAAUGAUGAUGAUGGUAUCUUAAGGUUUCUACAUUGUGUAGAUGAAUAUGAAAAUCAGGAGAUUGAUUUUAGUUCCUUUGUACAAAGAGUGGAUGAUAAAGAAACAACAUUUGGGAAGGAGGUGAUUCAAUUGAAUACAAACAAAAUUCCCAAAGGUCUGGUUAUCCUAGAAAGGGUGUUUGAUAGUCAGGAUAAGGCCAAGGUUGCUACCAUUGCCUCGCACCCUGAGGAUUUAGAGGAAGUUAACCUUGGGAUAGAAGGAGCCCCAAGAAAGGUGUAUAUUGGAAAUAAUAUGUCACCCAAGAAGGUUGUCACAAAUUUUGUUGAAAUCAGUAGGCCUAUAUCCAAGAUGUUGAAGAAAGGAACAAAGAUAGACUGGGAGGGAGAGCCAUCCAAGGCAUUCCAGGAGAUCAAGCAGGCUAUUAAGAAUACACCUAUUCUGAAGACACCUGAUUAUGGCAAACCUAUGCAAAUUUUGUCAUUUGCUUCUUUUCAUACUGUUGUUGUUGUCUUGCUGCAAAAGAACUCAGAGGGUUUUGAACAACCUAUAACAAAAGAACAAAAGAAAAACUACAAGAAAUUUUCAAAUUAA